AAUGCAAAAAUAGUAAAUUUCUUUAAAGAAGUAAAAAAAUGGCUUGAAUCUAAAGAAGAGGCAGUUAGUUCUUCCAUUAUGACUUCAUUGGCUAUAAUGUUUCUACGAGCGGACAGUAAAUUUAAAAAAUUAGAGUUUAAUGGAGAUAUAAGUUAUCCUAAUCAAGAAUUAAAAAAGUAUUUUUAG